AUGUCUCUUCCGACUCGUCGCCUCUGGGCAAUCUCUGAUCUUCAUCUCAACAAUCCAAUAAACGCAGAAGAGCUGAGGAAGCUUAAACCGCAUCCUGGUGAUGGCCUUAUAUUAUGCGGAGAUAUAGGAGAGACCCUCAAGGAACUCAAGCUGGCGUUCGAAAUAACCACGGCUCGCUUCCGUUAUGUCUUUUGGACCCCCGGUAAUCACGAACUCUGGUUGUCCACCAUGGACGGUGGUCUUCGAGGUCAGGCAAAGUAUGAGAAGUGUGUCGAAUUAGCCCGCAGUUACGGCGUGAAGACUCCAGAAGAUCCAUAUAUGCUGUGGUUGGGCCGUGGGGAUACCUGCAUCAUCGCACCCAUUUUCACCCUCUACGACUACAGCUACCGACCGAACUAUGUGAGCCGAGAGAGGGCUGUCGGGUGGGCGACGGAAGGAGAUCGUUUGCCGUGCACGGAUGAGUACAUACUGGAUCCCUAUCCAUAUGAAUCCCGGGACGCAUGGUGCGAUGCCUUGGUAGCCAGGUUCGGGAAAAAGCUCGAGGCGGCAUGCGAGGCAUACGGCAUGAAAUACCCCUUGGUCAUUGCGGGACACUGGCCUCUCCGCAGAGAUCUGGUCGACCUGCCGGACCAUAUGGACAGGUGGCACAUGUGGUGCGGGACAACGCAAACCGAGGACUGGCAUACCAAGUACAACGCUAAAGUGGUCGUCAACGGACACAUGCACUGGAGGCGCACGGACUGGAGAGGUAAAACUCGGUUCGAAGAGGUCAGUUUGGGCUACCAAGGGCAGUGGGAACGAUUGAGAAGUGAAGGCAUUACGAUCAAUGACCUGCUACGCGAGAUUCUGCCAGGUCCAAAGCAAAUCCCUCCGGAUGGCCAGAGAAGUACUGUCUGGCUACGUGAAGUAGAACUUCUCAGCCAACCAGGGCCCGCGAGGCAGCGGAAGAAAGAAGAAGAUGUUGAACCCGCCAGAGGCCACGAUGAACAAACCAAAAAGAAGUGA